AUGAAGAUUCGAUUAAAAGUAUUCCUUAUUAUUGCAAGUAUCACCCCUCAUAGAUGCAAGGAACCGGAGCUGCCGUUAUGUCCAACUAACAUACAAUUUUUACCGCAAAAUCUUCCGAUGCAUUGUCGCAUGCCUCGAGAAGGAGAGCUUCAGAAUCCAAUGGGUGGCCAGAUGAUGCCUAUGCCAGUUUUGCCUCCAGGACUUCCAUCAGGGCCAAUGCCUGUGCCUAUGUCAAUGCCAAUGCCGAUGAUGCCCAUGCCGAUGCCUGCUAUGGGCCCGACGCCAAAAGUCCCUGUCAUUGUAAUGCCAUUCUAUUCACCUGAUCCUGCGCACAAGAUACCGCCUGGAAAGAGACCACAUUUUCCUAAAAGGCAUUACUAUUCAGACACUAGCAGCGAUACUGAUAGAUCUUCUGAUACUUCCAGUGAUUCUUCACAUGAAAACCGUGGAUGGUGGAGAGGAAAUAGAGGCUUUAGGAGAAACGGGAGAAGAUUCAAUAGAAAGCACAAGGCAAAAAGAAUGAGGUACAAUCGCAGAGCUCUUUUAACUCCUGUACUACAGUAUGUGACAAAGGACGGUUACGUCAUAUACGAGAAGAAAAUAACUAAAGAUGAAGCAAAAGAUUGGCUGUCUGUGAGAAAAGAAAUGCCAGGUGAAGGUAAUGAAAAUGACGGAAUUGAGCAAGAUUUAACAGAGUUACGAAAUAUUGAAAUUCAGUUUCAAGGGCUAGAGGAUGAUGAAAACGUCAGAGAAAUACAAACAGAAAAGAGAGAGAAAAAUAUUGAAGAAGCAGAAGAAGCUAAACCACAAAAAAUAACCGCAAGAAAGCAUCGUACUCAUAAUAUAAAAUCGAAAAAAUCUGACCAUCAAAAAUAA